AGGAUUCUCGGCCCUCUUCACCCCCAGGGCUCCUGUUCUCCCCUGCCUCCUGGUGGCUUGUUGCCUAAUGGGUGGCCUUACAUUUAACUGUUGGUUGCCUUGGCUGCUGUCAGUGCCUUGCCCUCCUUACAGACCCAGCUGUGGUGUCUUUAGCCACGUGGUGCCUCCCAGUGAUAACUAAAUCUCAGACUGCAAUAACUCCCCUUCCGCAGCACAGAGCUCCUAGUGGAGGGAGUACUGGGCUAGGGCAACAGGGACCUGCAUGUACCGAAGAGAGGAAGCCAUGGUUGAGAAGUCAGUUUGUUUUAAUUAUUCAGCCUCCUAUCUGCCAGAGGGGUCUGGUCUCUAUCUGUAAACUGGAGGUGAUACUGACCUAUAUUGCAGGGGACCCACAGGGCCAUUUUUAUUACAGUAGGUGUCCCGGCCAUGACCAGGGCACUGAAGACACAGCCCCGGCACUGAAAUGCUUAUAGUCUAAACACACAGGAUGAGGGGGGCAGUGACUUGCCCAAAGUUGCUUAUCCAAUCAGUAGCAGGGCUGGGAGUAGAACUCUGGGCUCCCAGUCUAGUACACUACCCACUAGACCACUCUGCUUCUCCCUAAUGCCUAUCACAAGCUUGAGGAUCCUUGGGUGAAAAGUGUUUGGGGCACACAGAGUAUUAAUGCACAUUGAAAAUGACCUUGGGGAUCUGAGCGUCACUGAUCAUUUGUGCAGGAGUUAAUGGGCCAUUCCCAUCGCAAACUUAUUUGACCCUGAGUGUUAGAAGCCUGAGGGAAACUUAAUGCAAGUGCUCCUGGAGAAUGGUUUGGCUCAGCCACACAAGUUCUGGAUGAAGGGGGCUCUGCUACUGGGGGCUUGGAAGGAGUCCCAGAACCUGAGGAUGGUUCUGGAUCAGGGGAUGGGGCAUGAAGAUGCUUUGUCUCCUGAGAAACUCCAGAGCUCUUUACAAAGUCAAAUGACUUGAGUUUUGCACUCUACACAGAUUUUGUGACCCCCUGCUGUCCCCGAACAUGUAUGCCUGUGCAAAAUUCGUCUCUGCUCCUGCCCUAGUGAGGAACAGCUCAAGGCUGCUGUGCAGACCAGUCUCUGCCUCCCUGCUGAGCAGGCCUGAGGCCAGGACGGAUGAGCUUGGCUCCACCCCAGCACCCCAGAAUGCCCUCCUCCAAGCUGUGCGCCGGGAGGUCCACACCAGCUCCAUCUCCCAGGACAUUGACACCGCGGCGAAGUUCAUCGGUGCUGGUGCUGCCACCGUUGGGGUAGCCGGCUCUGGUGCUGGCAUUGGAACCGUAUUCGGCAGCCUCAUUAUUGGCUAUGCCAGAAACCCUUCCCUGAAACAGCAGCUGUUCUCCUACGCCAUCCUGGGCUUUGCACUCUCCGAGGCCAUGGGGCUCUUCUGCCUGAUGGUGGCUUUCCUCAUCCUCUUCGCCAUGUGAUGGAGCCAGCUUCCUGCUGUGUGUUCCUCCUGUGUCUAGUUUAUCGUGAGCGGUUGUGAAUGUCCUAAUGCAGGUGGGGGUAUCCCUGCCUCCUAACCGAAUCUGUCUGGCCUGGCCCUGACUGAGGGAAGGUGAAUAAAUACUGUAUUGAUAUACAGAA